CCCGGAGAACCGGGAGCCGCGCCCGCUGCCCGGCCCGGCUCAGCGCAGCAUGUUGCGGACGGCGGUUCGCGUUUCUCGGCUCUGCCGCGGCCCGGCCCGGCUCGGUUCGCCCUUCUCGGCCGCCGCCGCCUCCUCCGCCAUCCCGGCGCCCAACCCCCGUCCCGAUAUCGCCUGCAACAAGAUUUUCAUAAAUAACGAAUGGCAUGAUGCAGUCAGUAAGAAAACCUUCCCUUCUAUCAAUCCAGCAACAGGAGAAGUUAUCUGCCAGGUUGCUGAGGGCGAUAAGGCAGAUGUGGACAAGGCCGUUAAGGCAGCCAAGGCAGCUUUCCAGCUGGGCUCGCCUUGGAGGAGGAUGGAUGCUUCUCAUCGCGGGAAGCUGCUGAAUCGUCUUGCUGACCUGAUCGAGAGGGACCGGGCUUACCUGGCGGCGCUGGAGACUCUGGAUAAUGGCAAACCGUACUCCAUCUCCUACCUGGUGGAUUUGGACAUGGUAGUCAAAUGUCUCAGAUACUUUGCAGGCUGGUCUGAUAAAUUCCAUGGCAAAACCAUCCCGUUAGACGGAGACUUCUUCUGUUACACAAGACAUGAGCCAGUGGGAGUUUGCGGGCAGAUAAUCCCGUGGAACUUCCCGCUGUUGAUGCAAGCGUGGAAACUGGGGCCUGCCCUGGCGACUGGGAAUGUGGUCGUGAUGAAAGUGGCGGAGCAAACCCCCCUGAGUGCUCUCUAUGUAGCUAACCUGAUCAAAGAGGCUGGAUUCCCACCAGGCGUGGUGAACAUCAUCCCUGGCUAUGGGCCCACUGCAGGGGCUGCCAUCUCUUCUCACAUGGAUGUAGAUAAAGUGGCCUUCACUGGCUCCACGGAGGUUGGGCAUCUGAUCCAGAAGGCUGCAGCAGAGAGUAACCUAAAGAGGGUGACACUGGAGCUUGGAGGAAAGAGUCCAAAUAUAAUCAUGUCUGAUGCAGACAUGGACUGGGCUGUGGAUCAAGCCCAUUUUGCCCUCUUCUUCAACCAAGGGCAGUGCUGCUGUGCUGGAUCCCGAACAUAUGUCCAGGAAGAUAUAUAUCAUGAGUUUGUGGAGAGGAGUGUUGAGAAGGCCAAGUCCAGGGUAGUUGGAAACCCAUUUGACUUUAAAACUGAACAGGGGCCUCAGGUAGAUGAAGAGCAGUUUAAGAAGAUCCUCGGUUACAUUAGUACUGGGAAGCGUGAAGGAGCCAAACUGCUGUGUGGUGGCAACCCCGCUGCAGACAGAGGCUAUUUCAUCCAGCCAACUGUCUUUGGUGAUGUGCAGGACAACAUGACGAUUGCCAGAGAGGAGAUAUUUGGGCCAGUCAUGCAGAUUCUGAAAUUCAAAACAAUUGAGGAAGUCAUUGAGAGAGCAAAUGACUCCAAGUAUGGCCUAGCAGCAGCAGUUUUUACAAAGGAUCUUGACAAAGCAAACUAUGUGUCACAUGGCCUGCGAGCUGGAACAGUUUGGAUAAACUGCUAUGAUGUGUUUGGUGCACAAGCUCCAUUUGGUGGCUACAAAGCUUCUGGGAAUGGGCGAGAGCUGGGAGAAUAUGGUCUGGAGGCAUAUGUAGAGGUGAAAAAUGUGACAAUCAAAAUUCCACAGAAAAACUCCUAAAGGACAGCAGCCUCUCCAUGCAUUUGGAAAACCUAUGCCGCUUCAUGAGAUACGAAGCAAGGAAACCUCUUCUUAACACACACAAAACUUAGAUGGAAAAUACGUAACUCUGCGUUAAGAAGUGUCUCUUUAGAAGGUGCCUGAACAACCUUUUGUUAAAAGACGUUACUUGGCUUUAACUUUUUAAAAUACCAAAUACAGUCAAUUGGGUACUAAUGCAUUACGUGGGUGUACUCUUGUUGCGUGUGUAUCUGAUGAAUAUGCUUUUUCAGGAAGUCAUUUAAAUGCUUGUCUAGUCUGCAGUAGGUUUUAUAAUAAUUCUUUGUUGGCUUACACAGCUAACUCUAUACCUACUCCUUGUCAUAUACACCUAACGCAUACGUCCCUCCUCUGUAAGCCAAGUGAACUGAGACUCAGUUGUCUAACUGAGCAGGAGAGCAACCUCUCAGUGUGAAUCUGUGAGGUGAAAGUUUGUUCUCAGUUGCUCCCACCUCCUCUCCUUGUAUCUACUUGCAAUAAACGUUCUUGUCCUCGUGAAGUUAA